ACGGUUUGUCGGCAGUCUCGACCACCUAAUGGCCCGUGUUCAUCAAAAAUGCAUACAAUGCCGGUUGUUCUCACCCACCGACAGAGUGUUAAGCACGAGUUGAGGUUCUUCAAUGGUUAUCGGUGUUUAGGAAUUAAGGCUCGUGUCGGGUAUCAUAAACGGAUCUAGCGACUACUUUCACCGGAUAAACAUUGGAAGAUUAUCACGCUUCUAUUCGAUCAUAUCGAAUGUGUGUCAGUAAGUGUCAUGGAAAAAGUUAUCAUCCGGCAUUAGACGCGAUAAGGGUGAGGCCAAUCGUAGACAUGUCCUACGAAGCGUGUUGGCCUAAAACCAGCAAUCCAACACACCACAUGCUGAGCAAACAAUCAUUAACAUACCCGUGUGAAUGAUGGGUACGUUUUUUUUUAGGUGGUUUGUCAAAGUUGAGUGAGUAACGAUUGUAGCGUUGUCAUGACAAAACCUGACCAUAUACAGAGAAUGGCUUACGUGUGAACUCUCCACAGAGUGUGUAUAGGAACAGAGCAAACAUUAGUCGCCUCUGUUUGCAGAACGAGCAGAAUAAGCUGUAAUAGAUGAAUUUAUCUGAUCAUUACAAAUGCUUGAAUGAUCUCCAUUUGCAAAAGAAAACAAGGAAUAAUUAAAAUAAUGGGAUUCCGAGAUAAUCACCCAGGCCUGAGAAAUGUUUGCCAAAACUACCCAAUGGUUUUGCAAUUAAAAACUCAUAACCGAAAUGUGACCGAAUGAUUGACGUUUUCGGUUGGCAGCGGCAUUUAACAUGCAUCUGGGGAUAAUAAAUUACCCAAGUGAUCAUACAGCUCGAUACGGAGAUCAUGUUAAGCAGAGCCCUUGACUAAACGCAGGUUUUGGUAGUGUAAUAAUAGAUGCAGUAUUACACCCUCGUGUGAUGCAGCAGAACUCCACUGCAUAGUUGAAGGUUGUGUCAGAGGUGUGUUUUGAACCAAUCUGUAGAAUCACAAACUAGCUUAUCAGACAUAGCAACUGCCUGCGAACGCCACUCUUCAUGCUCGAGUGCACUUCACAAUGAGCAUCCGCUAUGAAACCAUCGGUGUUACAGACACUGCUCGAGCCUGCGACCACCGCACUGGCGGUGCUCAGUAGAAAGCAACAGCAUCAUCACAGGCCAUCCCCAACCUGCACCAACAAUCGGCGCGAUGCUGGCGGCGGUGGCCGAGUGGCCGGCGGGCUGCUCCAUCCGGUGGAUCGGUGCGGCCGGGCGCCAGUACUCGCCAUCGGGCUGCUGUUUUGCGUCACCGUGUACCUGUACUUCAUGACUGGGACCGAUGUGACCCAGAUGAUCGUGACCAUACCGGCGGACGAUGCGGACCUACCCGGACCAAAAGAUCAAAUUGCAACAAAAUGCACCAAUAACCACGGGCCUGAUGCUGCUGCACACGCGAGCGCAGACGAACUGCAACUCACCUUCAAUCGAAUUGUUCCGAUCGUUCCCCAAACCAAUGCCUCCACUACUACCACCAUCAUCACCACCACCAACACCACUACCACCAACAACAUUGUCCCUGCGAUCAAUAACAACACCAUCACCUCCACCGGCGCGAUACCGACCGAUCCGUACGCUCCAGUGCCGAAGGGCUUUAUCGUGUGGGGACCGGGCUGCCAGAUCAUGGACCUGAACCCGGUAGCUAAGGAUGUGAUGCGGCUGUUCAGCAAGGAGCGGUUCGUGCCGUGCAGCCCGAAGCAACCGCUCACGUCGAUCGAGCAGCAUUUUGACAACGACACGGUGCUGGUGCGUUACCACCGGGACCAGCUGGACGCGUUCAUGCCGCACUACAUGCGGUACGUCCGGUGCUGCUACCAGAGCAUCGAGCGGGCCGGCACGAAGGAUAAGGCUGAUAAGAAUUUCUGGGUGGGAGAGUGUGUCCCAUUCAACGAAUCGUUCCUAUUGCCACCGUCGGUACGGAACGGUGUGCUGGUACGCUGCAAGGCCGGUGUGUCCGAGUCGAGCAAAUCGAAGAAGGCGAUCUACACCAACGUGCACGCACUGAUCCGGCCGCAGCCGAGCGUGCGCGAGCGUAUGGACAAGUUCCGGGGGCGGACGGAGAUGCGACCGCUCAGCGUGCUGAUGAUCGGCAUCGACAGCAUAUCGCGGCUCAAUCUCAUCCGUGCGAUGCCCCACACGGCCCAGCAUCUGUACGAUACGGGCUGGUUUGAGCUGAAGGGAUACAAUAAGAUUGACGACAACACCUACCCGAACCUGAUGGCGAUCCUGACCGGGUACAACAACUCGCUCGCCUACUCGAUCUGCAACCCGAAGAAGGUCGGCCAGCUCGAGGAGUGCCCGUUCAUGUGGAAGUACUUCGCGGACAGUGGGUACGCGACGGCCUACGCCGAGGACGAGGCCGGCAUCAACACGUUCAACUACCACAAGUACGGGUUUGUGGCGCAACCGACCGACCACUACUUCCGCCCGGUAGCGCUCGCGGCCGAGAAGAACCUCUCGAAGAAGAUGAAAAACUCGCUCACCUUCUGUCUCGGGUAUCAGAACUACGCCGACCACAUCUACCAGUAUGCGCUAGACUUUGCAUCGCAGUACCGGACCGAGCCGUACUUUGGGCUGUUCUGGACGAACACGUUCAGCCACAACGACAUUAGCGAUCCGUCCUCGAUGGAUCUGCGCAUGAAGUACUACCUGGAGGAGCUGGACGAGCGGGGCAUUCUGAACAGCAGCAUGGUGGUGUUUUUCAGCGAUCACGGGCUACGGUUCGGCCCCGUUCGUAUGCUGCUGACGGGGUGGCUCGAGGAACGGCUGCCGUUUAACUUCAUCUGGCUGCCGGAAUGGUUCCGCGAGGAGCAUCCCGAAAUAGUGCAAGCGCUCAAGAUCAAUCGCAAUCGGCUAACGAACCCGUACGAUUUGCACGCCACACUGAAGCACGUGCUGGAGCUGUCCGGGCGGAUCGACAAUCUGCCCGGUCCGCUCAGCUGCCCCAACUGCCAGAGCAUCUUCGCGGAGGUACCGUGGAAUCGAUCCUGCGAGGAGACGGCCAUCGAAUCGCACUGGUGCACCUGCGCCAACUUCCAGCCGAUCGAUAAGCGUUCGCCCAUGGUGCAGCGGGCGAUCGCGUUCGUGAUUGAUUAUGUGAAUCGCGAUCUGGAGGAGCAUCGCAACAGCACGGCGGUGAACUAUGCGUGCGCAAAGCUAGCGGUUGGGUCGAUCACGCUCGCUAAGAUGGCGCACGAACCGAAGGGCCGGCUGCCGUACCGGGACUAUUUGUUGAUCUUUGACGGUAAGCCGGGCGGUGGGAAGUUUGAGUCGACGGUGCGACACUAUCAGGAGCGCGAUGCGUUCGAGAUCACGGGGUCGAUCAGUCGGCUGAACGAGUACGCCAGCCAGAGCGAGUGUAUGCAUAUAGACUACCUGCGCAAGUACUGUUACUGCCAGCGGACGAAGCUGUUCUGAGUGAGGUCUGCGGACGUUUGCUGCUUGCAGCUGGAGCGAUCUCGGGAAGUUAAAAUGACAGUAAAGAUAGACAAGGUGCUUGUCGGGCAGCCCAUAUUUGGGACAAAGGAAUUUUUUUUGUAGUAACGUAGAUAUUGUUAAUUUUUAUGGCGGCCUAAACUAGCUGGAAUAUGCCAUCCUACUGGGUGCAUUUCCUGUUUUCAAACGGCUUAUAAAGCUCUUGUCCUGAACCAUUCCAAUUCAUGUUAGAUUUGAACCUAUCCUGCACUUUAUUUUGUAAAAUUUUGAUUAUUUGUGUUCAAAUCUUCUAGCCCACUCCUAUUUCAUGGGAUGAAGAGUCUCAUUGAACUCAUCGCUUGAACUCUCUAGACUUUAUCGUUAGCAGAACUACUGUAAAGAAAACGAUCCUAGAACUUAACGAACUUCACCAUCACAGCAAAAAAAAAAGAUAAAUCAGACGUUCCUUUUAGGUCAGGGCAAGCUGAUCUACUAAAGCUGUUGUAAAACUGUGCCAAGAUGGGUGAUUGGGAAAUGGGCAAGAGGAGAACUUUAGUGAAGCAUUGUGUAGGCUUUAGGCAAUGUGAUCGAGAUAGAGAGUGUAACAGUAGCAAAGCAGAAAUAGUGAAUAAUCAAAAUACAGGCAACAAGUGUAAAGCACUAUUGCAAACGAAUUGAAUUCGUAGUGAGGUAGCGAGGUGUAGUGAUCAGGUUGGAGUUACAGUGGAGUCGCCGUGUCUCGCCAACAUUGCUAGGUUACAAGAAACCCAAGCGACAAACGCGCUAGUGAGCAGCAUCGAUUAUAUUCCGACACCUUCAUUAUUAGUAUGAGAAGAAAAAGAGAGCAAUCUUUCUUUCUUUAUUUACUAAACGAUCAAAAGCAUGAUCGUGAGCAUCAGAAACUUGAUUUAGCGUGGACCAACAGCAUGCUAGUAGCGCACGAAUGGGCUGUAAUGUGGGGGAAGGGUAGCAACGAACGUGAACUUGCAUCGAAAGAAAGGAAUGCGGGAGUAUAUUUUUACUCAGCUGUGGGGUAGAUAUCAUAUGGCUUGGCCCCAUGCUAAUGUUGUGAACUAGAAGUUAUAGAACCGUUUAGGAAUUUGAGGGUAAAAUUUAUACAUUAAUUGCAUUGAGAUAGUUGAUUAAGACGAGCGCGCGGGACCGUUCAGAUACGCUUUCAAACGUUAAAUCAAUAGUGACUAAGAGACGGACAGAGACCAGCAAUCGCACAAGACAACAGAAGAAAUACCGCAGACGGGACACGCAUACGCAAACCUAAUGAGAAAGAGUGCUAGUGAUUACCUUUAGAAGAAGAAAAACCGAAAGAGAACCCGUAAGAUUUGAAACAUUAAUGUCGGCUCCUGCCCUUCCAUAGGCAUGAGACCAUGUUUUGUAAAUAAUUUAAAACAAAAAUCCGAUAAAAUAAUCCAAUCCUCCCCUCCCUCUCCAUACCGUGAUUAGAAACAAAUAUACAACGUUAGACGCACAUCAAACAAAACGCAAAACGGGGGAGCAACACGCAGAUGAAAUACACUAUUUUACUUUUUGUUAUUUACGAAGUAGUGGAAUUAUUGAGCGCAGAACAGCGAGUUAAAAUAAAUGGAUUUAGAAGAAUCAAGUGCGAACAAA